CACUGGUACCGUCAUCCGUCAUCAAUCAUCAUCAUCAUCUGUGACAUAGAAAAACUAAAACAUCUGUGAUUUGUCAUAGAAAAAUUAAAGUGAUUUGUGAUUUUACUUAUUCUAUUCUAAUAAUAAUGGAUUUUCUGAGUGAUUUAAGUUCUACUGAAGAAAUUCUUGUUAUAGAAAGCAUAAAUAGGUCUGAAUCAUUUAAUAAAAUACUGGAACAUUUUAAGAAUUCCAAAAUUAUACCCAAACAAGAUAUUUCUAAGUAUGAAUCAGUUGUUGCAGUAUAUUGUGAAGCACCGGAAAGCACUCUAAUCUCAAGUAUUUUGAAAAUAUUAGCUUCUGGAGGUAAAAUAAUAAUUAGAAAUGCAGAUGAAGAAAAGACAAAACUUGAACUUAUAACAAAGGGGUUUGUAAAUAUUAAAAUCUUUGAUAACAUUGUAACUGCAUUUAAGCCCAACUAUGCAUCUGGUUCUUCAGUACCUCUAAAGUUACUUAAAAAGGAAGUACCUGCUGUUUGGAAAUUGGAUGAUGGACUUGAAGAUGAUGUUGAAACCAUAGAUCCAAAUGAUUUGCUGGACGAUGAUGACUUGCAAAAACCUGAUCCAGCUUCUUUAAGAGUUUGUGGAACUACAGGAAAACGUAAAGCAUGCAAAGACUGUUCAUGUGGUUUAGCGGAUGAAUUGGCUACAGAAGGAAAAAUUAUUGAUACUAAAGAUGCGCCAAAAUCUUCAUGUGGAAGUUGUUACUUAGGAGAUGCAUUCAGAUGUGCCAGUUGUCCAUAUUUAGGAAUGCCAGCUUUUAAACCAGGAGAAAAAAUUCAGUUAGUUGGAAAUCAAUUGCAAGCUGAUAUUUGAAUUUAAAUAAAAG